AUGGCUUCUCGUUUUGGCUUGAAGAGGAAGACCCUCUCCCUGCUCGCGCUCGCCCUUGCCGUCUUCGUGGAGGGCACUCUAGGGGAAGUAACUUGUGAGAAUCUGGGGGAGGACAAGUGCGCGUUCGCGGUGUCGGCGAUGGGGAAGCGGUGCGUGCUGGAGAAGCAGGUGAAGCGCACCGGCGAAGAGAAGUUCGUGUGCCGCACGUCGGACAUUGAAGCCAACAAGUUGAAGGAUUUGUUGGAGAGCGACGAGUGCAUCAAGGCCUGCGGCGUCGACAGGAAGUCUCUCGGCAUCUCCUCCGAUUCCCUGCUUGAGUCUCGCUUCACCCACAAGCUUUGCUCCUCUGAGUGCUACCAGUCCUGCCCCAACAUCGUUGAUCUCUACUUCAACCUUGCUGCCGGCGAAGGUGUGUUUCUUCCUAAACUAUGCGAGGCAAAAUUCACUACUGGCGUGCGAAGGGGAAUGGGGGAGAUCCGAAGCUCUGGUUUUGUUGCAGAAGCACCCAAAACAGGAUUAUGGUGGCUCACUAAAGAAGAUGUUAUUACAUCAACACCGGCCCCGGAGCCGGCGGCGGUGCAGUACUUCAGCGCAUACAGUGUGCGCGCCUGCAGGUCACGUUUAGUUGAAGUUGAUGCAAAUUUCAUUCCACGUGCAUCACAUGUAAUUGACAUCAUUUUGCAGGUUGCUGCUGUAGCAGGGGCUGUGCUCUGCUGUGUACCUGCUGGAGAGGAGGCUGGAAGGAGGAUGAAGGCUGCUGUGGAGUGGUGUGGAGUUCGGGUGCUUCUGCUGUGGUGGCCGUGUAGGAGAGGCUCUGCUGGUGUUGCUGCUGGCGGGUAG